CACGUAUUUACAUCAGAAAAAAGGGGAAAUAAAUGGGGUGUGUAUGUUUUUUUCUUUAAAUAAGGUCAAGUUUUCUUCUUCUUUUUGUAUAUUCAAUUUUUAUAUUUUUUCUCUUUUUCUUUUCUUUUUCUUUUUAAAUAUAAAAUGAAUAAAUCUGAUCUUAUUAUUAACAUAACAAAGCCAAGUCAAUCAUCAAAAUUAACUCGAAUCAAAAAAUUUAUUUUACAAUAUGAAGCAGAAAUAUUUGGCUCUAUUAUUCUUACUGUCCUUGUAAACUAUAUCCUCGGGAAUCUAUUUGCGAGGAAAUGUCUACUGAUUUCAUAUCAAAAAACUCCAGAUACCUAUGAUAAAGGAAUUGAUGAUAUCUAUUUUGUGGCUUUUUGGGCUAUUGCUUUUACUUUUUUACGCGCUUUCUUUAUUAAAUAUUUUUAUCUCCCUUUAUCUAAAUAUUUUAAUAUUGGUGAAAGUUGUAAAAGACAAAGAGUAGCAGAACAAGGCUACAUCCUUAUUUAUUAUCUUGUAUUUGGUACUGCAGGCUUGUAUAUAAUGUAUCAUAGCCCAUAUUGGUUUAAUACUGCACAUCUUUGGAUUGGUUAUCCUCAUAUGAUUAAUAAAGAAAUGAAAUAUUAUUACUUGAUGCAACUUGCUUUUUGGUUUCAACAAAUAUAUGGUCUUCAUAUCGAAAAACGUAGAAAGGAUCAUUACGCCAUGCUCUCUCAUCAUAUUGUUACAAUUGUUUUAGUGGGAGCAAGUUACUAUUGUAAUGCUACUCGUGUUGGAAAUGCUAUUCUUUGCUGUAUGGAUCUGUCUGAUAUUUUCUUGUCGCUUGCCAAGAUCUUAAAGUAUUUAGGCUUUACUAAUGUUUGUAAUAUUGCUUUUGGUUUAUUUGCCCUUUCAUGGCCGAUCACUCGUCAUAUCUUCUUUUCUUGUGUUAUUUGGAGUAUUGUUGUUGAACCCUCAAAAUAUUUAGAUUUACAGUGGGAUCCCUCUAAUGGAAAAUAUCUUACUCUGAAAAACAUUAGAUUAUUUUUAAUUCUAUUGCUUAUCUUAAACGUUAUUAUGUUCUAUUGGUUUUUAAUGAUUGUUAAGUUAAUAAUUAAGGUUAUCAAAGGAACAGCCGCCAAUGAUCCUCGUAGUGACGAUGAAGAUGAAGAGGAUAGUAACUGUAGCGAUAACGGGUUUCAAAAUCCUAUAAAAAUUUGUUCAGAAAAGAAGCAUUUAUACAACUAAAGCGCCGUUUUCUCUUCUUCCCUCUCCUCCCCUAAAUGCAUAUAAUAUAACCCAGCUUCGUGUAUUUUUAUAUAUUCUUUUUAAUGUCUCCU